AUGAGUUCAGCACCUUAUGAAGAGAAAUGUAAAGAUGCAACUGAAAUGGAAAAUACAGAAGAAGGUAUUGAAGCUCAAAAUGUUCCUGCUCAAACUAUAAAUAAUGAUUCAAUUGUAAAUUCAAAUAAUAUAAAUUCGAAACCUCCUCCAACAAAUUUUGAAAAUUUAGAUAAAGUUCAAAUAAAAGAAAUGAAAGCUUUAAAAAAUGUUGGAAGAGAUUGGCCGAAUGAUAUUGAAUCUGAAAGUUUAACUCAUUUAAAUGCUGAAAAAGAAAAUCAUAAUAAUAUACAAUAUGUUAAAAGUGAUGAUAUUAAUAAGAAUGAUGAAACUUUGGAAAAUGCUGAAAAGUGA